AUGUGGUCUGACAAUGCUGGAUGGUACAAAAGCACGUUGACGAUGGCACUACUGCAUCAGGAGCUUGGGGACAAAAUCAAAGUAUAUCACUUCUGCGAAGCUCAAGAUGGGAAAGGAAAAUUCAUUCCAUGGAACAAUAUAGGUUCAAACAGGAUUGCUACAGUGCAGUUUAUUAUACAGGAUGACUGGACAGAUGUGGCAUUCACACCAUUGAAUUCUGAAGUGGUUUCUAAUGGAGAUGAAGAUGAAGGAGAAGAAAAUAGUGAUACAGAUGAGCCAAUCCCAAAGAAAAGAAAAGUACCACAGAGAGUAUUCCAGUGCCCAGAAGAAGGAUGUACCCGCCUCUUCAGAUUUUCUUCCUCACUUGAUCAACACUUGCUAUUAGGAAACUGUGAUUUAAGGGAAGAGAAACUCGGCCUUAAAGACAAAUCUAUGGUCAUGUAUGCCAAAAAACUUGAUACAGGAAGUCUCGGGAAGUCUUAUACCAAACAGCUUGAAAGUAGCAAAGUUGGAGUUCCUCCUUUAAAGUGUGGCUGGGCAUUAAAAGUAAAGAAGCCAAAAAUACCCUUCACUGACGACCAGAAGGCAUUUAUGCAGGAAAAGUUUCUGAUAGGAAAAACAUCUGGAAGGAAAGAAGAUCCUUUAAAAGUUGCAGAGGAAAUGAGGUAUUCCGUGAGAAACGGGACGAAAAGAUUUUCAAAAGAACAAUACCUCACAUCACAGCAAAUUGCAAGCUACUUCUCAAGAAUGGUGCAGAAAGACAAAAAAAUGGACCAAGAUGACCUUAUAGCUGCUAAUGCAAACAGCACAUCAUUUGUCUUGAAACAAGAUGUGUUGAAAGAAAUUGCAAUUUAA